AUGCGGGAGCGGAUAGCGGCGCUGGAGGACGAGCUUAACGAGCGGGAGAGCACGCUGAUGGAGGCGCAGAUCACCAAGAUGACCGUGGAGACGGACAACCGGGCGCUGCAGCAGGCCCUGGCUGACGCGCGGCGGCAGAAGGCGCAGCUAGAGGCGGCGCUCAUGUCAGAGCCCACCCACUGGUCCGCGCCGCCCAGCGAGGGCGGCCUGUCGGAGGACCCCUGCACCGGGGACUACUCAGAUGAGGAGGAGGACGGCGAGGAUGACGCGUCGGGCAGCGACAGGGCGGGCGCCGCCCCCUCGCGCGCCGGCGGCGCGGCGGGGCCCCGCCCGAGCGGCCUGCGGCCGCGGGGGGCCGGCGCCGACGGGGAGGUGGCGCUGGCGGUGGAGGCGGAGCUCGCUGCACAGGCAGCGCUGGCUGCAGGGGUUGGAGUGAAUGAGCAGGAUGAGGGGCAGCAGCAGCAGCAGCAGCAGCAGCAGCAGCAGCGGGAGAAGGGGAAGCCAGGGUUGGCAGAGGAUGCGCCGGAGCAGGGUUAG